AUGGGGGAGCUAAGGGGGGCGUCCGGCUCCGGCUCGGUGAUGCUCCCCGCGGGGAUGAUUAACCCUUCGGUGCCGAUCCGCAACAUCCGGAUGAAAUUCGCAGUGUUGAUUGGACUCAUACAGGUCGGAGAGGUCAGCAACAGGGACAUCGUGGAGACGGUGCUCAACCUGCUGGUUGGUGGAGAAUUUGACUUGGAGAUGAACUUUAUUAUCCAGGAUGCUGAGAGUAUAACAUGCAUGACAGAGCUUUUGGAGCACUGUGAUGUAACAUGUCAAGCAGAAAUAUGGAGCAUGUUUACAGCCAUUCUACGAAAAAGUGUUCGGAAUUUACAGACUAGCACAGAAGUUGGGCUAAUUGAACAAGUAUUGCUGAAAAUGAGUGCAGUAGAUGACAUGAUAGCAGAUCUUCUAGUUGAUAUGUUGGGGGUUCUUGCCAGCUACAGCAUCACUGUCAAGGAGUUGAAGCUUUUGUUCAGCAUGCUUCGAGGAGAAAGUGGAAUCUGGCCAAGACAUGCAGUAAAAUUAUUAUCAGUUCUUAAUCAGAUGCCACAGAGACACGGUCCUGAUACUUUUUUCAAUUUCCCUGGUUGUAGUGCUGCGGCAAUUGCCUUGCCUCCUAUUGCAAAGUGGCCUUAUCAGAAUGGCUUCACGUUAAACACUUGGUUUCGUAUGGAUCCAUUAAAUAACAUUAAUGUUGACAAGGAUAAACCUUAUCUUUAUUGUUUUCGUACUAGCAAAGGAGUUGGUUACUCUGCUCAUUUUGUUGGCAACUGUUUAAUAGUCACAUCAUUGAAGUCCAAAGGGAAAGGUUUUCAGCAUUGUGUGAAAUACGAUUUUCAGCCACGCAAGUGGUACAUGAUCAGCAUUGUCCACAUUUACAAUCGAUGGAGGAACAGUGAAAUUCGGUGUUAUGUUAAUGGACAACUGGUAUCUUAUGGUGAUAUGGCUUGGCAUGUUAACACAAAUGAUAGCUAUGACAAGUGCUUUCUUGGAUCAUCAGAAACUGCUGAUGCAAAUAGGGUAUUCUGUGGUCAACUUGGAGCCGUGUAUGUGUUCAGUGAAGCACUCAACCCAGCACAGAUAUUUGCAAUUCAUCAGUUAGGACCUGGAUAUAAGAGUACCUUCAAGUUUAAAUCUGAGAGUGAUAUUCAUUUGGCAGAACAUCAUAAACAGGUUUUAUAUGAUGGAAAACUUGCAAGUAGCAUUGCCUUUACAUAUAAUGCUAAGGCCACUGAUGCUCAACUCUGCCUGGAAUCAUCACCAAAAGAGAAUGCAUCAAUUUUUGUGCAUUCCCCACAUGCUCUAAUGCUUCAGGAUGUGAAAGCAAUAGUAACACAUUCAAUUCAUAGUGCAAUUCAUUCAAUUGGAGGGAUUCAAGUGCUUUUUCCACUUUUUGCCCAAUUGGAUAAUCGGCAGCUCAACGACAGUCAAGUAGAAACAACUGUCUGUGCUACUCUUUUGGCAUUCCUGGUUGAACUACUUAAAAGUUCAGUAGCCAUGCAAGAACAGAUGCUGGGUGGAAAAGGCUUUUUAGUCAUUGGCUACUUACUUGAAAAGUCAUCAAGAGUUCAUAUAACUAGAGCUGUCCUGGAGCAAUUUUUAUCUUUUGCAAAAUACCUUGAUGGUUUAUCUCAUGGAGCACCUUUACUGAAGCAGCUUUGUGAUCACAUUUUAUUUAACCCAGCCAUCUGGAUACAUACACCUGCAAAGGUUCAACUUUCCCUAUACACAUAUUUGUCUGCUGAAUUUAUUGGAACUGCUACCAUCUACACCACCAUACGCAGAGUAGGAACAGUAUUACAGCUAAUGCACACCUUAAAAUAUUACUACUGGGUUAUUAAUCCUGCUGACAGUAGUGGCAUUACACCUAAAGGAUUAGAUGGUCCCCGGCCAUCACAAAAAGAAAUUAUAUCACUGAGGGCAUUUAUGCUACUUUUUCUGAAACAGCUCAUACUGAAGGAUCGAGGGGUCAAGGAAGAUGAACUUCAGAGUAUAUUAAAUUACCUACUUACGAUGCAUGAGGAUGAAAAUAUUCAUGAUGUGCUACAGUUACUAGUGGCUUUAAUGUCAGAACACCCAGCGUCAAUGAUACCAGCAUUUGAUCAAAGAAAUGGAAUAAGGGUGAUCUACAAAUUACUGGCUUCUAAAAGUGAAAGUAUUUGGGUUCAAGCUUUGAAGGUUCUGGGAUACUUUCUGAAGCAUUUAGGUCACAAGAGAAAAGUUGAAAUUAUGCACACCCAUAGUCUUUUCACUCUUCUUGGAGAAAGGCUGAUGUUGCAUACAAACACUGUGACUGUCACCACAUACAACACACUUUAUGAGAUCUUGACAGAGCAAGUAUGUACUCAGGUCGUACACAAACCACAUCCAGAGCCAGAUUCUACAGUGAAAAUUCAGAAUCCAAUGAUUCUUAAAGUGGUGGCAACUUUGUUAAAAAACUCUACACCAAGCGCAGAGCUGAUGGAAGUUCGUCGUUUAUUUUUAUCUGAUAUGAUAAAACUUUUCAGUAACAGCCGUGAAAAUAGAAGAUGCUUAUUGCAGUGUUCAGUGUGGCAGGAUUGGAUGUUUUCUCUUGGCUAUAUCAAUCCUAAAAAUUCUGAGGAACAGAAGAUUACUGAAAUGGUCUACAAUAUCUUCCGGAUUCUUUUGUAUCAUGCAAUAAAAUACGAAUGGGGAGGCUGGAGAGUCUGGGUGGAUACGCUGUCAAUAGCCCAUUCCAAGGUCACUUACGAAGCUCAUAAGGAAUACCUAGCCAAAAUGUAUGAAGAAUAUCAAAGACAAGAAGAGGAAAACAUUAAAAAAGGAAAGAAAGGGAAUGUGAGCACCAUCUCUGGUCUUUCAUCACAGACAACGGGAGCAAAAGGUGGAAUGGAAAUUCGAGAGAUAGAAGAUCUUUCACAAAGCCAGAGCCCAGAAAGUGAGACCGAUUACCCUGUCAGCACAGAUACUCGAGACUUACUCAUGUCAACGAAAGUGUCAGAUGAUAUUCUUGGAAAUUCAGAUAGACCAGGAAGUGGUGUACAUGUGGAAGUACAUGAUCUUUUAGUAGAUAUAAAAGCAGAGAAAGUGGAAGCAACAGAAGUAAAGCUCGAUGAUAUGGAUUUAUCACCAGAGACUUUAGUAGGUGGAGAGAAUGGUGCCCUUGUGGAGGUUGAAUCUCUGUUGGAUAAUGUAUAUAGUGCUGCUGUUGAGAAACUCCAGAACAAUGUACAUGGAAGUGUUGGUAUCAUUAAAAAAAAUGAAGAAAAGGAUAAUGGUCCGUUGAUAACAUUAGCAGAUGAGAAAGAAGACCUUCCCAAUAGUAGUACAUCAUUUCUCUUUGAUAAAAUACCCAAACAGGAAGAAAAACUACUUCCUGAACUUUCUAGCAAUCACAUUAUUCCAAAUAUUCAGGACACACAAGUACAUCUUGGUGUUAGUGAUGAUCUUGGAUUGCUUGCUCACAUGACCGGUAGUGUAGACUUAACUUGUACAUCUAGUAUAAUAGAAGAAAAAGAGUUCAAAAUCCACACAACUUCAGAUGGAAUGAGCAGUAUUUCUGAAAGAGACUUAGCGUCAUCAGCUAAGGGGCUGGAGUAUGCUGAAAUGACUGCUACAACUCUGGAAACUGAGUCUUCUAGUAGCAAAAUUGUACCAAAUAUUGAUGCAGGAAGUAUAAUUUCAGAUACUGAAAGGUCUGACGAUGGCAAAGAAUCAGGAAAAGAAAUCCGAAAAAUCCAAACAACUACUACGACACAAGCUGUGCAGGGUCGGUCUAUCACCCAACAAGACCGAGAUCUCCGAGUUGAUUUAGGAUUUCGAGGAAUGCCAAUGACUGAAGAACAGCGGCGCCAGUUUAGCCCAGGUCCACGGACUACAAUGUUUCGUAUUCCUGAGUUUAAAUGGUCUCCAAUGCACCAGCGGCUUCUCACUGAUUUGCUAUUUGCAUUAGAAACUGAUGUACAUGUCUGGAGGAGCCAUUCCACAAAGUCUGUAAUGGAUUUUGUCAAUAGCAAUGAAAAUAUUAUUUUUGUACAUAACACAAUUCACCUCAUUUCCCAAAUGGUAGACAACAUCAUCAUUGCUUGUGGAGGAAUUUUACCUUUGCUCUCUGCUGCUACAUCACCAACUGGUUCUAAGACGGAAUUGGAAAAUAUUGAAGUGACACAAGGCAUGUCAGCCGAGACAGCAGUAACUUUCCUCAGCCGGCUGAUGGCUAUGGUUGAUGUACUUGUGUUUGCAAGCUCUCUAAAUUUUAGUGAGAUUGAAGCUGAGAAAAACAUGUCUUCUGGAGGUUUAAUGCGACAGUGCCUAAGAUUAGUUUGUUGUGUUGCUGUGAGAAACUGUUUAGAAUGUCGGCAAAGACAGAGAGACAGGGGAAAUAAAUCUUCCCAUGGAAGCAGUAAACCUCAGGAAGUUCCCCAAAGUGUGACUGCCACAGCAGCUUCGAAGACUCCAUUGGAAAAUGUUCCAGGUAACCUUUCUCCUAUUAAGGAUCCUGAUAGACUUCUUCAGGAUGUUGAUAUCAAUCGCCUUCGUGCUGUUGUCUUUCGGGAUGUGGAUGAUAGCAAACAGGCACAGUUCUUAGCUCUGGCUGUUGUUUACUUCAUUUCGGUUCUGAUGGUUUCCAAGUAUCGUGACAUACUAGAACCCCAGAGAGAGACUACAAGAACUGGAAGCCAACCAGGUAGAAACAUCAGACAAGAAAUAAAUUCACCAACAAGUACAGUUGUGGUCAUACCAUCUAUCCCUCAUCCAAGUUUGAACCAUGGAUUCCUUGCCAAGUUAAUUCCUGAGCAGAGCUUUGGCCACUCAUUUUACAAAGAAACACCUGCUGCAUUUCCAGACACUAUAAAAGAAAAGGAAGCACCAACUCCUGGUGAAGAUAUUCAGCCAGAAAGUUCAAUUCCCCAUACAGAUUCAGGAAUUGGAGAGGAGCAAGUGGCUAGCAUUCUGAAUGGGGCAGAAUUAGAAACAAGUACAGGCCCUGAUGCCAUGAGUGAACUCUUAUCCACUUUGUCAUCCGAAGUGAAGAAAUCACAAGAGAGCUUAACUGAAAAUCCCAGUGAAACGUUGAAGCCUGCACCAUCCAUAUCUAGCAUUAGUCAAACCAAAGGCAUCAAUGUCAAGGAAAUACUGAAAAGUCUUGUGGCUGCUCCAGUUGAAAUUGCAGAAUGUGGCCCUGAACCUAUCCCAUACCCAGAUCCAGCAUUGAAGAGAGAAGCGCAAGCUAUUCUUCCUAUGCAGUUUCAUUCCUUUGACAGGAGUGUUGUGGUGCCUGUAAAGAAGCCACCUCCAGGUAGUUUAGCUGUAACCACUGUGGGAGCCACUACUGCUGGAAGUGGGCUGCCAACAGGCAGUACCUCUAAUAUAUUUGCUGCUACUGGAGCUACACCAAAAAGUAUGAUUAAUACAACAGGUGCCGUGGAUUCAGGGUCCUCCUCCUCUUCCUCCUCUUCUAGUUUUGUGAAUGGUGCUACCAGCAAAAACCUUCCAGCUGUACAAACAGUUGCUCCAAUGCCAGAAGAUUCAGCUGAAAAUAUGAGCAUCACUGCAAAACUUGAAAGAGCUUUAGAAAAAGUUGCUCCUCUUCUUCGUGAAAUUUUUGUAGACUUUGCCCCAUUCCUAUCUCGUACACUUCUUGGCAGUCAUGGACAAGAGCUAUUGAUAGAAGGCCUUGUUUGUAUGAAGUCCAGCACAUCUGUGGUUGAGCUUGUUAUGCUGCUUUGUUCUCAGGAAUGGCAAAACUCUAUUCAGAAGAAUGCAGGACUUGCAUUUAUAGAGCUCAUCAAUGAAGGAAGAUUACUGUGCCAUGCUAUGAAGGACCAUAUAGUUCGUGUUGCAAAUGAAGCUGAGUUUAUUUUGAACAGACAGAGAGCCGAAGAUGUACAUAAACAUGCAGAGUUUGAGUCACAGUGUGCCCAGUAUGCUGCUGAUAGAAGAGAGGAAGAAAAGAUGUGUGACCAUCUGAUCAGUGCUGCAAAACAUCGAGACCAUGUAACAGCAAAUCAGCUGAAACAGAAGAUUCUCAAUAUUCUCACAAAUAAACAUGGUGCUUGGGGAGCAGUUUCUCAUAGCCAAUUGCAUGAUUUCUGGCGUUUGGAUUACUGGGAAGAUGAUCUUCGUCGAAGGAGACGAUUUGUUCGCAAUGCAUUUGGCUCCACUCAUGCUGAGGCAUUGCUCAAAGCUGCAAUAGAAUAUGGCACGGAAGAAGAUGUAGUAAAGUCAAAGAAAACAUUCAGAAGUCAAGCAAUAGUGAACCAGAAUGCAGAGACAGAACUUAUGCUGGAAGGAGACGAUGAUGCAGUGAGUCUGCUACAGGAGAAAGAAAUCGACAACCUUGCAGGCCCAGUGGUUCUCAGCACCCCUGCCCAGCUCAUCGCUCCCGUGGUGGUGGCCAAGGGGACUCUCUCCAUCACCACGACAGAAAUCUACUUCGAGGUAGAUGAGGAUGAUUCCGCCUUCAAGAAGAUCGACACUAAAGUUCUUGCAUACACUGAGGGACUUCACGGAAAAUGGAUGUUCAGCGAGAUACGAGCUGUAUUUUCAAGACGUUACCUUCUACAAAACACUGCUCUGGAAGUAUUUAUGGCAAACCGAACCUCAGUUAUGUUUAAUUUCCCUGAUCAAGCAACAGUAAAAAAAGUUGUCUAUAGCUUGCCUCGAGUUGGAGUAGGGACCAGCUAUGGUUUGCCACAAGCCAGGAGGAUAUCAUUGGCCACUCCUCGACAGCUUUAUAAAUCUUCCAAUAUGACUCAGCGCUGGCAAAGAAGGGAAAUUUCAAACUUCGAAUAUUUGAUGUUCCUUAAUACGAUUGCAGGACGGACAUAUAAUGAUCUGAACCAAUAUCCAGUAUUUCCGUGGGUGUUAACCAACUAUGAAUCAGAAGAAUUGGACCUAACUCUUCCAGGAAACUUCAGGGAUCUAUCAAAGCCAAUUGGUGCGUUGAACCCAAAGAGAGCUGUGUUUUAUGCAGAGCGUUAUGAGACGUGGGAAGAUGAUCAAAGCCCACCCUACCAUUAUAAUACCCAUUAUUCAACAGCAACAUCUACUUUAUCCUGGCUUGUUCGAAUUGAACCUUUCACAACCUUCUUCCUCAAUGCAAAUGAUGGAAAAUUUGAUCAUCCAGAUCGAACUUUCUCGUCCGUUGCAAGGUCUUGGAGAACUAGUCAGAGAGAUACUUCUGAUGUAAAGGAACUAAUUCCAGAGUUCUACUACCUACCAGAGAUGUUUGUCAACAGUAAUGGAUAUAAUCUUGGAGUCAGAGAAGAUGAAGUAGUGGUAAAUGAUGUUGAUCUUCCCCCUUGGGCAAAAAAACCUGAAGACUUUGUGCGGAUCAACAGGAUGGCACUAGAAAGUGAAUUUGUUUCUUGCCAACUUCAUCAGUGGAUCGACCUUAUAUUUGGCUAUAAGCAGCGAGGACCAGAAGCAGUUCGUGCUCUGAAUGUUUUUCACUACUUGACUUAUGAAGGCUCUGUGAACCUGGAUAGUAUCACUGAUCCUGUGCUCAGGGAGGCCAUGGAGGCACAGAUACAGAACUUUGGACAGACGCCAUCUCAGUUGCUUAUUGAGCCACAUCCGCCUCGGAGCUCUGCCAUGCACCUGUUAGGCCUCAGAGGAGCUCCAGGAUACUCCUUGGAUCAAGCCCACCAUCUUCCCAUUGAAAUGGAUCCAUUAAUUGCCAAUAAUUCUGGUGUAAACAAACGGCAGAUCACAGACCUCGUUGACCAGAGUAUACAAAUCAAUGCACAUUGUUUUGUGGUCACAGCAGAUAAUCGCUAUAUUCUUAUCUGUGGAUUCUGGGAUAAGAGCUUCAGAGUUUAUUCUACAGAAACAGGGAAAUUGACUCAGAUUGUAUUUGGCCAUUGGGAUGUGGUCACGUGCUUGGCCAGGUCUGAGUCAUACAUUGGUGGAGACUGCUACAUCGUGUCCGGAUCUCGAGAUGCCACCCUGCUGCUCUGGUACUGGAGUGGGCGGCACCAUAUCAUAGGAGACAACCCUAACAGCAGUGAGU